AUGUGUCAUUUUGAAAUAAAUACUAUUCUGUUUUUAGAUCACGAAACGGCAAGAUGUCUGAGCCUCCAAGUACAACCAGCUAUUGCGUUGGUCGAUGAUAUCAUCAAGGUAAAUGUAUCAGCAGCGAAGCAACAUCAGCCUGUAACAUUGCUUGCAGAGCUGGAAGAAAGAGGGCAGCACUUCUGGUCAUUUGGGCACUAUGUUACAGAUGGCGCUGGUUGCCUUGAUUUAGAUACAGGGGUUUGCCAGGGUGGGACAUAUAAGGGUAUUGAACCUAUGGGAUUAUUAUGGAGCAUGGUUCCAAAGCACAAACCAGGAAUCCGCCUCGGAAAACGUGACAUCACAACACCCUAUCACAUACAGCUCCACCUAUUGGACGGACAUAAAUCUAUGGAUGAACUGAAAAAUAUAAGUGCCAAUGACAAACAUAUGAAUUGUAUUCUAGAUAGUGUUAAUUUAGAAAGAUGGUACAUUCGUAAAGAUGUUCAAAGGAUACCAGUUAAUGAUGGGUGUAUAAGGGGAAUGCUGUUCCUACCAAGCGGCCCAGGUCCAUUCCCAGGUGUGAUUGACUUGUUUGGCACAUUUGGUGGUCUAACUGAGUUCAGGGCUGCGCUACUGGCAUCAAGAGGAAUAGCAAGUCUGGCUCUUGCUUUCUUCCAGUAUGAGGACUUGCCUAAAACCCUGGCUGAUGUUCAGCUGGAUUACUUUGAAACUGCAGCUAACUGGCUUUCUAGUCAUAACAGUGUAAUAGAUGGCGGUGUUGGUGUGCUUGGAGUCUCCAAGGGAGGCAACCUUGCCCUCCUUAUGGCAGAACAUUUCAAACAGAUAAAAGCUGUGUGUGCAAUAAAUGCCUGUCAUUUCCUCUCAGAGACACCUAUUACAUAUAGAGGGCAGACCCUACCUGGUUUCAUGCCGGACAUGGAACAUAUUGAGUUUUCUGAUGAGGGCAUUAAAUUAUCCAAGACGUAUGAAUUAGCUGAAGUACCAGAGGAAUGCAUAAUAAAGGUUGAAAAAUCUGAUGCCAAAUAUCUGUUACUGUUUGGUGAAGAUGACUGUAACCUCCGUAUACCCCCUUCUGUCGGAGCUCAUACCACAAAUUUUUCCAUAGUCCAUGUGUGUGGGGAGGCAGCGUGCAUGAGCACAGUGUCGCACAAGAGGACUCUUGGCAGAGAAUUCUCAACUUCUUCCAUACUACGCUUACCUGAAGAUUGAACUAAAAGUCUAAUCACGAUGUAUUAACCACUGGGAUCAACACUCAACAAUCAAGACAUCAUCGACAUAUAGUAAACACUACAUCUAGGAAAGAACUCUGCAGACGAAAAACAGAUUAGUAUACUUCAACAGACUAAUCUGCUUUCCCAACCUUCAAAAUUACCAAUGGCAAAACAAAGGCAAAGACAACACGAUUCACGUUAAAUCAAAGGACGAUAUAAAGACAGUAUUAAAUGUCAACUAAUGAUGGAGAUGUAUUAGAUAGGGAACAAUAAAGAAUAGUAAAUAAAUAUUUGUGAGA